ACUAAAAAGACGAAGAAGAAGACAAUGACAUCCGGCCGGCUGACAGAACGGCGCCAUGUAAGUACAACCUAAGUGUCCACCUCUGUCCAGUUCAAAAGUCCCGCCAACUUAUUUCAGAAACGUAUAAACAAACUCAAGACAAGAAACUAAACAAUCGCUAGCUUUUUUGUCGUCAUCACGAUCCGUUUGGACAGCUGAGCUAAUGCUAUGUAGCUAGCAGUGAACGAACAGUUGUCCCUCCAUCUUUGGGUUGACUUGGAGCGAAGAAUGUCAAAGAAGAAAAAUAGUCCUGGUGGAGUCAACGCCUGCAAACGGGCCAAACCAGCAGAACAUGACGAAGAGGAGGAUGCAAUGCAAGUUGAUCACGACACUAAUAAGAGAGAUGCUCGAUUUAGUAAACAGGUGCUCUUUGGUGGAGAGGUAGUGAGUGAUGCAGGGAUUGUGGAGAGCAUCACACUGAAGAACUUCAUGUGCCACUCCGUCCUUGGACCUUUUCCCUUUGGAUCCAAUGUCAACUUUGUGGUCGGCAAAAAUGGAAGUGGAAAGACUGCCAUCCUGACAGCCCUCAUAGUCUCGUUAGGUGGGAACGCACUGGCCACAAACAGAGGAGCGUCUCUCAAGGGUUUUGUGAAGGAAGGCGAAAGCUCGGCUGAUGUAUCCAUCACCCUGCGCAACAAAGGAAGGGAUGCCUACAAAUCUGAGGUGUACGGUCAAGCCAUCAUUAUAGACCUGAGGAUAACCCGUGAUGGAGCGAGAACAUAUAAACUUAAGAGCAAAACUGGCCAUAUUAUCUCCACCAAAAAGGAGGAGCUUGACUCGAUGCUGGACAAUUUUAAUAUUCAGGUCAACAAUCCUGUGUCAGUUCUCACCCAAGAGAUGAGCAAAUACUUCCUGCACUCCAAAGGAGAGGGGGACAAAUACAAGUUUUUCAUGAAAGCCACACAACUGGAGCAGAUGAAGAAGGACUUUGUGCACAUCAAAACUACCAAACAUGUCACUGAAGAUAAAGUGGAUCAACAUGGUGAGUGCUUGAAAGAACUGAAGCGGAAGUCCUUGGAGAAAGAGGAGUGCUACAAGAACCUGGCAUCGCUUGAUGAGUUGCAAACCAAACUGGAGGACUUGCAGAAGCAGAUGGCCUGGGCUGUGGUAAUUGAGAUGGAGAAAGAGUUGGAGCCGAUGAAAGUGAAGCUGCAGUCGGACAAACAUACCACUGUAAAAUAUGAUGAAAAAUUGAAAGAAUGGAAGAACAAGGUCAAGGACUCCGAGAAGAAGUACAAACAGAUCCAAGAACAGUUGGAGGUGAUCACACAGCAGGUCCAGGAGCUCCAGCCUAAAUGUGCUGAGCUCAAAGCCAAUACCCAGAAACAAAGCACUCUUUUCAAGUCCAGUGAGGUCACCGUCCAUAGAUGCAAGGCUAACCUGAGGGCUUUAGAAAAGGACAAGGCCCAGUUGUCCUCCAAGAUAAAUGAUCUCAGGCUAAACAUCAGUCAGGUAACGGGGUCAGAGAGCAAGGCCAAGGAGGAGCGUAUGCAGCAAAUACAGACCGAUCUAGAAGAUUUGAUUCACCAGAUCUCCACUCUGGAUCAGCAAAUUGAUCAGUAUCAAUACGCCUACAGUCGUGCAAGAGAGGAACAUGGAAAGAUAAGGAAAGAGCACAACAUACUCAGGAAUUCAAUAGAAGCCAACGGUAAGCACUUGCGCACCAUGGAAGGCAGUCGAUCUAAUCGUCUGCGGCGGUUUGGGGAGCAAAUGCCCGCACUGCUCAAUGCCAUUGAAGAUGCACAUAAAAAGGGCCAAUUCAAGCACAGACCUCGAGGACCCCUGGGUUACCUUAUCAACCUGAAGGACUCUGAGCUUGCUCUUGCCAUAGAAGUGUGUCUAAAAGGUCUGGUGAAGGCUUUCACUUGUGACAACUACGAGGAUGAAAAAGUGCUGAAGGGACUUAUGGACAAAGUGUUUCCGGCUGGGCGAAGGCCUCCAAUCAUCACCAGCCAAUUUUCCCCACAUGUCUAUAAUACAAGCAAGCGGGCUGUGAAUCACCCAGAAUAUCCAUCUGCGCUUCAAGCUCUAGAAAUUGAGGACCCGGUUGUGGCCAAUUGCCUGAUUGACCAGAUGAGUAUCGAGUGCGUUUUGCUCAUUAAGAAUCGCACUGAGGCCCGACAAGUGAUGCAAUCCAGACACCCUCCCCCCAACUGCCAUGUGGCGUUCUCCAUGGACGGCGACCAGAUUUUCACUAAUCGCAUUUACACCGCCGAACAGACUCGAGCCAACCACCUUUCUAAGGAUGUCGAGGAUGAAAUACGACACCUCCAGAGAGAGUUGGAAAACCAGAAAACUCAGGCAUCAUCCUUGCAGCAACAAAUGAAGAAGUUAGAUGAGGACAUCCGAGAGAACGAGAAGCUGGAGAAGAGAGCCCUUACAGAGCAGAAGCUUGCCAAUGAUGAAGCCACAAAGUUAAAACUGGAGCUUUCAGACCUCCAGAAUGAGGAAGAGCAUCAGAUGGAGGACCUCAACCCACUGGAGGAGGAUCUUCAGGAGAUUGUCAAUAAGAUCUCAUCAAAAAGCACAGAGUACAACGAUGUGCAAGCUCUGAUGAAUGAGCUCAAGAUGUCUUACGAAAAGGCCGAGCAGAAGUACAGGGAACACAAAGAGCGUAUCAGCACAAUUACUGAAGAGGCCGACGCAAUCAAAGAGGAACUAACCAAGGCCGACCAGGAGGUGAUGAAAUGCAAGCAUUACAAGAACCAGUAUGAUGAGAAACACAGCGCUCAUCUGCAAAGCAUCAAAAUGCUGGAAGCCACGCUGCAGCACAAGGAGCAGGACAUUCAGGCUCAUGUUUCCAAAGCCCAAGAGAUUUGGCCUCAGCGCCUGAAUGUGCGUCGGACUGCCAGGAGUCUGGACACGGAAAUCAGCCGCCUCAAGGACAAGAUUGCCAGCCAGCGAGAGCAAGAGGGGGACCGCGAGGAGAUUGUUAGGCAGUACCAUGAGGCGCUGAGGGAGUAUAAGAAUAUGGCACAGCAAUUGAAGAACCUCAAGAUGUUCAUCAAAAGCCUAGACAGUGUUAUGAAUCAAAGACUUCAUGUUUACGCUGAGCUCAGGAGGUUCCUCUCUGCACGUUGUAAAUAUUACUUUGACAGCAUGCUGGCUCAGAGAGGCUUCACUGGAAGCAUGGUCUUUGACCAUAAGAACGAAACCCUCUCCAUCUCCGUACAUCCGAGUAAAGGAAACACGGCCGACAUGAGCAACAUGCGCUCGCUGUCAGGAGGCGAGCGCUCCUUCUCCACAGUCUGCUUUGUUCUCUCUCUCUGGGCCAUUACCGAGGCACCAUUCCGCUGCCUGGAUGAAUUUGAUGUUUACAUGGACAUGGUGAACAGGAGGAUCUCUGUGGAUAUGAUGCUGAAAGUGGCUGAUGGCCAGCGCUACAGACAAUUCAUUUUUUUCACACCACUAAGCAUGAGUUCUCUCCCGGAGAGUGAUCUCAUCAGGAUCCUCCGUGUCAAUGGUCCCGCCCGGGACCAAAGCACAGAAGACGAUCAAAAUGAGGUCCAGACCUGAUCAAAUGUUAUAAGUUACAUCUUUAUGCACAGCAUGUUGGUUAACUGUUAUAUAUUUUUCUAUCCCUGUUCGCGUGCAAAAUCAAAAGGUCCUUGUGUUAUAGAUUUGUUUCUGAUUGUUGACCAGCUCUAAAGAAUAAAUGUUAGAACUUGCUUACUAAAUGCAUAUUGUGGGGGGAGUUUGUUCAGAUAUUGCUAAAAUAAUAGCUUAUGCAAAAGAUGCUCAGUAAGUCAACAAAAGCAGAGUUCAGGCUCUAUCAUAACUCAGUAGCCAAUCAAGAAAAAGUCAGAACCCACCCUUUCCCACUUGUUGCUAGGCAGAGUUUAUAAGGCUCGAUUAUAACUGCCAUUUUGGCCAAAAUGAAAUGUUG